CUGCUGCACUGAAAGCAGUCAAAAGGAGAAGUCUGCAGAGGGCGCAAGGGCUCCAUUAUUGUUGUUUUUUCUGCAGGGCAGACCUGGCUUGCGCUCUUCUCACAGGCUAGGUACCUUCUUCCGUCGCUUUGAUAAGAAUCUAGUUUGGUGGCCGAGAAGAGACCGCAGACGGUGAUCUUUGGAGCAAACGUAUUGUGGAACAUCACGGUGCUUCAAAAUCUGCUUUGGCGGAGACGGACACUAUCAUACACACAGCGUUGCUUGUGAUAACUUACUUGGCAAGCGGGAUGCAGACUUGUAGGACGGGAGGGAGAGGCUUCUGGGGGGCUUGUCUGUGAACGCCUGAGGGUGUAAAUAGUGGGACAACGGGUUUGUGGUAUUUUGCAGAGGGCUGGGUAGUUACUGACAGUGACUGCUCUUCAAAAGCAGAAGGGAGGAUGGCUCAGGCAAAUCACGUACAAACAGACAUCCCCCGGUCUCCAAAUGCAAAGUCCAGGGUUGGAAUGGAAGCAAAGCCCGUGGACAGCCACUCUGUUGCCAGGCGGUUACAGAGCGAGCUGAUGUCCCUCAUGACGAGCGGUGAUGCUGGCAUCUCCGCGUUCCCUGAGGGAGACAACAUAUUCAACUGGGUGGGCACAAUAAAGGGCAGCGUUGGGACAGUCUACGAGGGCCUCAACUACAAGCUCUCGCUCAAGUUCCCCACCGACUACCCGUUCAAGGCCCCCAUGGUGCGGUUUGAGACGCCCUGCUUUCACCCAAACGUGGACCAGUACGGCAACAUCUGCCUAGACAUCCUUAAGGACAAAUGGUCCGCAGUCUACAACGUUCGGACAAUCUUGCUGUCCAUCCAAAGUUUGCUUGGGGAGCCGAACAACGACAGCCCGCUUAACGGCUAUGCAGCGGCCCUUUGGCCGAACCAGGAAGAGUACAAAGUGGUGCUUCAAAAGAAGUUCAGGGAGACAGAGAGCGGCGGCGUCUCAAGCUGAGGGGAAGGAAACGGAUCUAGGCCCGAGGUCAGUCAAGCUCGUCAGAUUAGUGAGACAGACGGGAUUAUGUAUCCCUAGUUCUUCCAACAUAUUCUUUGUAGAGCAAGCACUUGAAAGCAGAGAUUGGAUGGUCAUAAGCUGAAAGUAAAGUUUUGCACGCUUGGAAGGUCUAGGUAUUGGCUCUUUGUACUAGAUCAAGCUUUAGUACCCAGAAGACCGCCUUUCAAGGUUCAGAAUGUUUGAACUGGCGGAAACUUAAGCUGAUUAAUUUAUCUAUCCUAUUAUCCGAUGUUCGUUGUAAAU